AUGCUCAACCUGCUGCUGGAGCUCCUCGUGAGCAUCGCACUGUGCGUCGCGCUGGCGUACUUUGCAUUCCUGAACGUGCCGGUGGAGGCGGAGGAGCCGGGGUCGCCGGCAGCGGCGUCAGCGGGUGACGGGGCCUCCGCGAUGGUGGGGGCCGCUCCCUCUGGUGCGCUCCCCAGAACCGGCAGCGAUGGUGCAGAAUACGGCCACGUGUACGACCCGCUCCUUCUCCUGCCGCACGAGCUGCCUCUCUACACGUCGAUCACUCGCUACGUCUCCCUGGCUGAGGACACGACGCUCGGCAUCGCCUACCGCUGGCUCCUCAUCAACGGCCUUCACUACAGUCCUCGCGAGGUGUACGGCGAGCGGCGGCUGCGCGAGUGGGGCUACUACUACUCCAGCAGCGUCGGCGGAUCAAGCGGCGGAAAGGAUAUCGUUGGUGCUCUGAGCGGCGCUGGCAUGCGCGUCAGUGACCGCUCCUCAUCUGCUGUCGCCUCCUCGCUCUCCUCGGCGGGGAGUACCAUGGCGGCUAGUCUUGACUCCUCACGUUGCUCUCGUCGCCGUCUGCGCCGCGGCGCGGCAGCGGCGGCCGCGGCCCUGCCAACGCCGCUGCGGAGGGAGAGCGCGCAUUGGGUGAAUGUUCUCAUCCGCUGUGCGGCCUUCCUGUGCCUCGGCGGUGGCACAGUGAAGCCGGAGGUGUGGACAGACCACCUACUCUACAGCGCAGAGAAGGUGUUGGAAAGUGUGAACGCGGGCUACGAGAACCGCAUGCGAGCACGUGCGGCGCAGGCACAUGCCGUGGCGGCCCAACUCGCAAGCGCUGCCCAUUCAUCGCCGCCGCCGGACCGGGCCUCGUCACAGUCUGCAGCACCGCUGCUUACAGCGUCUCGAAAACCGCUCCUGCGCAUCCAGCUGCUAGAGCUCGGCUCCGGGCUUCUUGGGAGUGCGCUCCGGGACGUACACCGCCCCCCACUGAGCCUCCACCACGGAGCCGGUGACGCCUCCGGUAGCACCGCCACACCGUCGAGAGCAGCACCCCCAGCCAGACGUGCAGCGACUGCUGCCGUUGCCGGCUCACCGGGCAUGGCACCAUCGGCGACUAGCUUUGCCUACCAUCACCACCACAGCAACAGCAGCGUCAGUAGUGACUACCGUCAGCAGGUAAGCUCGCAUGCCGCCCUCUGCGCCCCCAGCUUCCUCCUCUCGUCCUCCGUGGCAGGCCUCAGCACCGCAAUCACAGAUGCAGUGUCGUCUAUGACGACUUGCGGCGCUGACAGCGCGCAUCUCAGCGAUCCGGUGGCGGGCGCUCCUGUUGCGGACUACGCCGGCAGCUGCUCUUUGUUUACUGGUGGAUGUGGCGGCGCCAGCAGUGCAGGCGCUCAGCUUGGUGUUGUUCUCCCUCGCGUGGAGGGGGACGUCAUCUCAGUGGAGCAGGCCCACAGUGAGGGUUGUCACAUGAGGCCACCCACCCCUGCCGCGUCGAAUUCGACCCCCGCUCGCGCACCAUCCGGGGCCGUGUCUGCCUCGCCGCUGCCACAGGCAUCAGCGGCAUUCCAACUCCGCUGCUUCGCGGUACCCCUGCUCUACGAAGACCAGCGGUUUCACGUGCGUCUCGGCUGCUGCCUCCCCCUCGGUGCUCUCCUCCCCGUCUCGCUGUGCGUACCGCCGGACGUUCUCACGCUGAACUGCGCCGUCGCCGUACAUCGCGUCACCUUCGCCGGUCACCUCUACGCUGCAUUCCAUGGGGCGCGCGUGGAGCUGAGCUUUCCCACCGCUCCGCUCUUCACGGCAGUGGUGAAGGUGAUGCCCGACACCAGCGAUGCCAGCAGUGGGAGCGGGUCGGUGGCGAAGGUUAGUCGCCACGGCGGCUGGGGCAUGCGUACCGCCGGUGGCAGCGGCGCUCAUUCCGGUGCGGCGGCGGCGGCGACGGCCUUCACCGCAACCUACACGCAGCGCAACGAGGCGACUGCCGUCGGUGGCUCCAUUGCCAGAGGACGCGACUCCUACAAGGCAGCCGCACGCCCCCCGCUUCCCCCACGGUCUGGGCUGUACAGUAGCAGCAGCAACGCAUCUUUACACCAUCAUCAUCGCAGCGGCAUGAGCGGCGGCGGUGGCGCGUCAACGAGCGGAUCCUGCUUGAACGAGCACAAUGAAAAGGUGCAGGAAGUUGUGCUGCUGGCGGUGCGCCGCCUCAUCGACUCUCUGACGUACCCGAAAGUUCUGGUGGGUGAGCUCGUGUGCCGCCGUCCCUCCGGUGCUGGCGGCACAGCGGAAGGCGGUGCGGAGAUGCAGCUGCAGCUGAGAUGGACUCGACAGACCGCCUCGCUGCCCCUGUGCAUGUGA